GUGGUGGAGACAAACUGGAUUAAACUGUGCAGCAGCAGCAGCAGCAGGAGAAGGGCGACACACAAACAACCUGCAACUCCUGCUGCUAGAAAACGGUGUCCUGUUGUGCUGUUUUUUAUGCAUUUAUACUAAAUAAAGAGGAGAAACAAGUGGCGAAACAGCAGCUGUCCAUCAUGGCCGGCGAUAUGAGGUUACUGAUGCGAGGCUUGGCCAAGUUGAGCCAGGCGGUCGUAGAGACUCAGGGCAACACCCUGCGCAGUGGAAGUGGUGUCCCAGUUGUUGGUGCUGCUGUCCAAAGUGUCCAAUCGGUUGCUGAGCAAGGCUUCUCUGCCGCUAUAAUGAAAAUAGAGGAGCUGACUGGCCAGCAGCAGACCUCUUCAUCAGAGUCCGACUUUGACUUUCCUCAGGAUGACAGUGCAUUCGCAGCUUCACAGUUCAGGGAGGAAGGUGUGGACUUUACUGUGGAUCACACAGGAAGUAGUGGUGAUUCCCAACACAGCGCUGCAGCAGGAUCGAGCCAUGUCAGUGGCAAACAGUCGUUGUUUGAGGGAUACAAAGAUCCCAGCAAACAGUUUAGUGGACACGCCAGAUCUUACCACCAAGAUGCCAGACAUUUCUACAACCACAGUCUGAACAGGCAUUUGUGGGGACAGCUAUACUGUCCGCAUCAGGUCAGUCAGCUCAGGAGCUACCAUCAGGACCCGUCCGCAGUUAGAGGGCUGACGGCCGAAGACAUCGAGAAAGCAAGACAGGGCAAGAAGUCUGAGAACAAAUCACACAAACAGAUGUUGAGCGAGAGCGCCAGAGAGAGGAAAGUACCAGUGACUCGGCUCGGCAGAUUGGCAAAUUUUGGAGGUCUAGCUGUAGGGUUGGGGAUUGGAGCGCUGGCAGAGGUUGCCAAGAAGACCAUCAGAAUCAGUGGUGCAGCAGGUGAUAAUAAGAAAGGCGUUCUGGACUCCAGCCCCUUCCUGAACGAGGCCAACGCUGAACGCAUCGUCAGAACCCUGUGUAAAGUCAGAGGAGCUGCAUUAAAACUGGGACAGAUGCUGAGCAUUCAAGAUGAUGCAUUCAUCAACCCUCAACUCGCCAAGAUCUUUGAGCGCGUAAGACAGAGUGCUGACUUCAUGCCAAUCAAGCAAAUGACAAAAGCGUUGAACAGUGACCUGGGUCCUAACUGGAGAGACAAGCUGGAAUCGUUUGAGGAGCGUCCGUUUGCAGCAGCGUCCAUCGGCCAAGUUCACCUGGCGAGGAUGAAGGACGGCAGAGAGGUGGCCAUGAAAAUACAGUACCCCGGAGUGGCUCAGAGCAUCAACAGUGACGUCAACAACUUGAUGACGGUGCUGAGCAUGAGCAAUGCCCUGCCUGAAGGUCUGUUUCCAGAGCACCUGAUAGACGCAAUGAGACGAGAGCUAGCACUAGAGUGCGAUUAUAUUCGAGAAGCCCAGUGUGCAAAGAAAUUCAGGGAGCUACUGAAGGACCAUCCGUUCUUCUAUGUACCAGAGGUGAUAGAUGAGCUGAGCAGUAACUACGUCCUGACCACGGAGCUCGUCCCCGGGUUUCCCCUCGACCAGGCUGAGAGCCUCACACAGGAGCUGAAGAACGAGAUCUGUGAGAACAUCUUGAUGCUGUGCCUCAGAGAGCUGUUUGAGUUCAGGUAUAUGCAGACUGACCCAAACUGGUCCAACUUCUUCUAUGAUCCACAGACACACAGGGUGGCGCUGUUGGACUUUGGAGCCACGAGAGGAUUCGAUCUGAGUUUCACAGAUCUCUACAUCGAGGUAAUCCGUUCAGCUGCCGAGGGCGACAGAGAGGGAGUUGCGAAGAAAUCUAUCGAUAUGAAGUUCCUGACUGGGUACGAGUCCAAGGCAAUGAUAAACGCCCAUGUAGACGCGGUGAUGAUCCUCGGCGAGGCCUUCGCCUUCAAUGACGGGUUUGAAUUUGGCUCCCAGUCCACCACCGAGAGAAUCCACAACCUCAUCCCCGUGAUGCUCAAACACCGGCUCACCCCGCCGCCCGAGGAGACGUACUCACUCCACCGCAAGAUGGCCGGCUCGUUCCUUAUCUGCGCCCGGCUGAACGCGCAGCUGCAGUGCAAGGACAUGUUCCAAACAGCAUAUCGGAAGUACUGGGAAGGCCGCACGCCGCCAUCUCACUCAGCCUAAGCCGAUCGGGGCGAUUUGACGGACAGAUCCUGGGGCCAACGGCUAAGUGCCAGUCAACGGUGAGGUCGUGGUGUGGAGACGCACAACUGCUGAGUGGAGGCCAUGUUACCUGCCUGAACACCAGCUUAUUUCUUUUCCAUUUUGGACACCCCACUAUGGUGAGUUUUAGAAAGGGACUUGUACGUAUUUACAGCCAUCAUUUCUUUGUUUGAGAGGGAGCAGCAACAUGACGACUGGAGUGCUUUAAGACCAAACUCUACAUCUGGCCCUGAGAGGACAGACUGAGGUGGAAGGAAGGAAGGAGAGGGACAAACAGCCUUGGAUAUAGUAGUUCAGGUGUAAAAUGAAUGUAAAACGGUUGGAAUUUUUUUUUUUCUGAUUGUUUUCAAGAUGAUUCUUGUAUUUUCUUUUUGUUUUGCAUUGCUGUGUUUUGUUGAACUUUUGGAAAACUGUCUAGUUUGCCAGAAAUGUCAUGGGUGAAAACACGAAACAUUGAUUGUAUUAAGGAAGAGGAACUCUAAAUGUAAACACGUAAUAAUGGGGUUAAUACCGUAUAUGGGCAUAUGAGUCACAGUGUUGGCCAGGACCAACACGUCUGGGAAGUUGGAUAUCAGCAAAAUAAAUGUAGCAGUUUUGAUAAGAGCAAAAUUGUUUGUCGAGAUGUUGCCGAGCGAGUUCAAGUUGAUUUAUCCAUUUGUAGAAAAAAAUGUGACAAACUGGAAUUUGUCAGCAUUUUUACACACAAGAAAAGGCUGACUUUUAACUCGUGUAUGUGUUUUUUCUGUAUCGUAUAUCCAUCCAAAUUUCAGUCGCUGUUUAUAGCUUUUUAGGGAGAUAUGAGGGGCAGAACAUUGAUUCAAACUAUCGGUCUGUUUAAAGUGACCAUUAAUAGACAUUCAGGAUCGAUAAGUCUUUAACAAACCUCGGGUUAAAGCGUGAUUUCUACCUGGUUUGUGUCUAAAGAGCUUCUGCUGUAGAUAUUUAUCCUUUAUGUCUAAGCUGCAUGUUGUCUUCGAUUUAGCUCAUGAAUUCCAGUUGAUUACCAACAUGUUGGCAUUAUGGCUCAGCAUUUUUAAGUCAGACACUGCUUUAUUUUUUUAGUACCAAAGCAUGAUUUAUCUCUUCAACUUUGUUAAAAAAAUUAGG